AUGUCCUUAGAUGGCAUGGAUCUAUCAAUAACAACAACAAACAACCCCACCUCCUCCCCAAUUAAUAAACACAUUAAUAAUAAUAUACAUACACAACAACAACAAGAAGAAGGAGAAGAACAAGAAGAAGAAGAAGAAGAAGAAGAAGGAGAAGAAGAACAAGAAGAAGAAGAAGAAAAAGAAGAAGAACAACAACAACAAAAAGAACAACAACAAGAACAACAACAACAAGAAGAAGAACAACAACAAGAGCAUCAACAACAAGAAGAAGAAGAAGAAGAAGAAGAAGAAGAAGAAGAAGAAGAACAACAACAACAAGAAGAAGAAGAAGAAGAAGAAGAAGAAAUAAAUAAGAGGAAGAAAGAAAUAAAUAUAUAUUGGCGUUAUGAAUUAUAUGGAUUAUUAGCUGAAUUAGAUACAGCAGCAGCAACAGCAGCAACAGCAGCAGCAGCAACAGCAACAACAGCAGCAACUGCAGCAACAACAGCAGCAACAUAUUAUGCUGCAGCAGCAAGAGAGAGAAGAGGAGCAGCACAGCAGCAGCAGCAGCAGCAACAGCAAGUGCAGCAGCAACAGCAACAGCAAGUGCAGCAACAACAACAACAGCAAGUGCAGCAGCAACAGCAACAGGUGCAGCAGGAUGAGGAAGAAGAGGAGAAGGAGCAACAAGAACAACAACAAGAAUAA